AUCAGAAAAUCGCCGUAAAAACCCUUUCUUUUCUGUUUCCUUUCCUGCUACAACAAACAAUAAUCAAUCACAAAAUCACUCACAACAAAGAAAUGGCAAACAAAGAAAUGGAGGUUGCAAAAGGUGUGGACUUGAAGCGUUACAUGGGUCGAUGGUACGAAAUAGCUUGUUUCCCAUCAAGGUUUCAACCAAGUGAUGGAUGUAACACAAGAGCAACGUACACUCUCAAAGAUGAUGGUACUGUUAAUGUUUUGAAUGAGACUUGGAGUGGUGGAAAAAGAAGUUACAUUGAAGGUAUUGCUUAUAAAGCUGAUCCUAAUAGUGAUGAGGCUAAACUCAAAGUCAAAUUCUAUGUUCCUCCUUUUUUGCCUAUUAUUCCUGUUACUGGUGAUUAUUGGGUUUUACAUCUUGAUGAUGAUUAUAGUUAUGCUCUUAUUGGACAACCUAGCAGGAAUUAUCUUUGGAUAUUAUGCAGGCAACCCCAUUUGGAUGAAGAAAUCUUUAACCAGCUUGUUGAGAAAGCUAAGGGAGAAGGGUAUGAUGUGAGCAAAUUGCGCAAGACUCCACAGAGUGACACUCCACCUGAGCAAGAAGGUCCUGAAGACACCAAAGGUAUUUGGUGGUUCAAAUCCCUUUUUGGGAGAUAGAUCAAUAGGUAUGGAAUGGACGGAAUCAUGUAAUCAGACUGAACAAGUGUUUUAUUUCAUGUCAUGAAUAAAGGUUUCAAGAACUUUUUAGUUUGGAUUUCUAUGUAUCAUGUAUUAUCUGGUUUUGUAUAUAUAGACUAAACUUUAGCAAAGUUGGCGUUUGAUGUUCAAA